UGUCUUGAGAGAAGAGAAUUUGACGUUAGCGCGUUAAAUACAUUUUCUCCAUGGAGUGUUUCUCUCAGGACGUCUCUGUUGAUCACCUGCUGGAGUAACUUGGUGUCGUUAGCAGCGUCAGAACCAGGCGAUAGCAACGAGGCUUCUGAGUUAAACUCCUUCAUCAUCACCCUCAUCCUUCAUCAUCAUCAUCCUCCUCCUCCUCCUCCAUCUUCCUCAUCCUCAUCUUCCUCCUCUGUCUCUUAGGACUUUAGAAAAUCCCUGAUGCCGCUGUUUGGAAACACCUUCAGCCCGAAGAAGACUCCGCCCCGCAAAUCUGCGUCCCUGUCCAGCCUUCACACGUUGGAUCGCUCGACAAGAGAAAUAGAGCUUGGCCUGGAGUCGGGACCUCCUGCCAUGAGCUUAGGAGGCCAGAGCUGGAAAUUUGAGGACGGACAGUGGAUAACAGAAUCUGGUGGAAAUUCUUCUACUAAGGAGGUGCAGCGGCUUAAGAAACGAAAUCUGCAGCUGGAGGAAGAAAAUAACCUUUUAAAAUCAAAGAUUGAAGUUCUGAUGGACAUGCUGACAGAAACUACAGUGGAGUUCCACCUGAUGGAGAAAGAAAUCGAAGACAUGAAAACUCAACACCGAAGAAAAAAAUGACGAUCCAGUGUAGCUAGAUUUUUUGAUAUUUUUUUUUUUUAGAGUUUCUUUAAAGAUAAAAGGCAGUAAAAUAAAACCACAAGUCAUUUUUUAACAUGUUUUGUCCCAUUUUUAAAAUAUUAAUAAAAUCUUAUUUAUUUUCAUCUGAGUAUUUACACAUGCAGCCUAUUUUUUAUAAACCGCAUUCAAAAAUAACAAACUGUCUCUUAUAAUUUUCUUUAUAUUCUAAAUUAAAAAGCUUCUAAAUUAAAAAGCUGGACAAAUAUUUUAAUACGUCAUCAUUAUUCUGUUUUGAUGCUUUUUCUUUGUUUUGUUUUUUUAGUUUUGGAAACAAGACAAAUUAAAAAUGUUUGAUUUUGUUAAAUAAAACACACAUUUUGUUGCAAGAAUUAAUAAUAAUAAAAGUAACCCCUUCAUUAUUUAUCAUAAAUAUCUAGAAGGUUCACUGCUACCUGUGCUGCAAUAUCACUGUUUCCUUUUUGUAGAAUGCUGUUUGGAUUUCAAAAUAAAAUGUAUAUUCAAUAUAAAAUAUAAUUUAAUCUGUGAUCUUUUCUUUUUUGGUGGGUAUAUAUAUAUAAAUGUGUACAUAAAUAAUUUAAUAUUUAACCCAGUCGCAGCCUGUGUAGCAGUGGGGUUAGUCUUUUUGCAGAAAUAUUUCACGUUUUUUUUUAAAAAUAAUGAUCCAUAUGGGGAAUAUCUGCGUCUCUGUGUGUAUUCCUCUGUUGUUUACUCAGAUUAAAGUUUCCAUCCAUGUUG